AAUUGAUCUCCUUGUAUGGUAGACUUAGGACUCAGACAACCUAGGCUAGAAGGGGAAGAAUAUCUCUCCAUAGUUGAUGAAUUUGUGGAAGCUGUUCAUACACGUUGGCCCAAGGCUGUUGUGCAGUUUGAGGACUUCCAAAUGAAAUGGGCUUUUGAAACACUGCAAAGAUAUCGCAAAAGGUUGUGCAUGUUCAAUGAUGACAUUCAGGGAACUGCAGGUGUUGCUUUGGCUGGGUUAUUGGGUGCUGUGAGAGCACAAGGCCGUCCAUUGACUGACUUUAUAAAACAGAAAAUAGUUGUGGUUGGAGCUGGGAGUGCAGGAAUUGGUGUCCUUAAUAUGGCAGUGCAGGCAGUUUCCAGGAUGGCUGGGGCAAAUGGGCUCCCAUCUGAUCAUCAAUUUUACCUAAUAGAUAAAGAUGGGCUAGUAACGAAAGAGAGAAAGAAUUUAGACCCAUCUGCUGCACCCUUCGCAAAAUAUCCAGAAGAAACCAAGGGGCUUAUGGAAGGAGCUAAUCUAGCUGAAGUGGUUAGAAAGGUUAAACCAGAUGUGCUUCUUGGUUUGUCUGGAGUUGGUGGCAUCUUCAAUGAAGAGGUGCUGAAGGCCAUGCGAGAAUCAGACUGCCCUAGACCUGCUAUAUUUGCCAUGUCAAACCCUACGAUGAAUGCUGAAUGUACUCCUGCCGAUGCUUUCAAGUAUGCCGGAGAACACAUUGUUUUUGCAGGUGGAAGUCCCUUCCAGAAUGUAGACCUUGGGAAUGGAAAAGUAGGUCAUGUCAAUCAAGCGAAUAACAUGUACCUGUUUCCUGGGAUUGGAUUGGGAGCAUUGCUUUCAGGUGCUCGCUUAAUAACUGACAACAUGUUGCAAGCUGCUGCUGAAUGUCUUGCUAUCUACAUGUCGGACGAGGAAAUAAGCAAGGGUGUUUUGUAUCCAUCAAUUGGAAGUAUACGAGAAAUUACAGCAGAAGUUGGAACUGCUGUACUGCGAGCAGCAAUUGCUGAAGACCUAGCUGAAGGACAUGGUGAAGUGGGGCGGAAAGAACUCAGGUGUAUGUCAGAGGAAGAGACUGCGGAAUAUGUCAGACGGAAUAUGUGGUUUCCCAUCUACAGCCCUCUUGUACACGAGAAGUGAGGCCACAACGAUCAGCCCCUUCAUCUGCUAUAUCAGUUGGACAGUCCGUUCUGGCUGAAAACUGUAAAACUGUCUCAGAAGACAGUAUUGUUGCAAAUUGGAACAGAAAAAAUGUAGAAUCAUAGAAAUGGGGAGUUGUGAAAUUUUUUGCCAUCUUCAUCUGUUUGAA